AUGCGCAAUUGGCGUCUCGGCAAGUAUUCUUCUCAGCGCCACGGAGUUGACAGGGUUCUUGCUUCUAGAGGAAAAAACUUGGGCGGCUUCGCAUCAUUGCUCCAAGGCACAGCUCGACGCCUUUACCAAACAGCACCGCUGCAAGACGCUCGACUGCAUAUGGCCGCCAGUAGCCUGGACGUGUACUCUCAGACCGCCCACUUGGCGCUCGACCAUGGGAAGCGCACAUUGCGUGGCCUGCGUGCUGCUGUCCUCCACAAGGGCCAGUGCCUUUCGCUGUACCAAAUCGGGAUGGUACUGGCCGGCACCAACAACAGCACCCGGGAUCCUACGAUGUCUCUCCCGCUGCAAGUCAAUCAGCGGGAAAAGCUUCUAGCUACCGGACCCUUCUCUUCUAGUCCCGAUGACUCGACCUCCGCCCGUUCUUGGCAUCCCGACUUCAUACCUCAUCAGCCUCUCAGAGACACCAUGUCUGCAUUCAACACCCCUGAUCAAUUCGGAAUCACCCAGCAUACCAUUUGGUUUUCUGACUUUCCCACUACUCGUUGCGAUGCUACUCUGCAAACUUCCUCCGGCGUUCCCCUCACAAACGCGGGGGCCAUCUCCCACACCUACGGUUGGCAAUUUUACUGCUCUACCCUUGCCAGUAGAGAACACAUUUUCCGGCGAAACUGGUCUGGUCUCGUCCGGAAUCCGAAGAUGCCGGACAGCCGCUCUUGGUUCCCCAACGCCGCUCUCGGCAAUCUGGAGGCUCCCGGCCGCGGCGGUCUGGCGCCGUUCUGUUGUCUCAACCGGCAAAAGAAGCCGAUUGACCCUCUACGUCACGUACUAGUCCGUCGUGUGAUUCGUCAAAGCAUCUAG